UAUUCUGAGGAACACGGUGUAUACAGCAUAAAAUAAUUUGUAUGAAUAUUAUGUUAGUGCAGGGAAUGUUAUAUAUACCAUUUUCUUAUGUCAAAUUGCGACAGAGUUAUAAUAAUACGAUAUACAAUUAUUAUCAGCGAUAAACGUUGUAAUCACUUACCGAAAUCACUUUCGGGAAAAAAUAAAUAUCCAAACUAAAAAUAAACAAAAUUAAAAACCAAUGGUAUCGUUAGAUUCGUAAGAAGGAACCUGAUCGCCAACAAUACAUUUCAGACCGUUAUCUCGUAGCCAGUAAAAAUUAUAAACCAUCAAAGUGAACACUAUAUUUGUCGACAGGAUUGAAAGAAUAGUGAAAUUUACUGAUUUUCAUUGGCUGCGAUCAAUAUUCAAUAACCCAAUUCUCACGUUGAAAAUAUUUGUCAAUCGUUGAACAAUGGCUUUUCGAAUUUUAUCAAAAUGUCGGAUGUUUCAAAAUAUAAUUAAUACCAAAAUCCCUAAAAAUUUAAGAUCUGAUGGAAUUCAUAUUUCAACUGUUCAUCGUGAUCUAAUGGAAUUUUUCGACGAUAAAAAAAAUUGGGCUGCUGAAUCAAUAAAAGUAGGAAGAUCAUGGAAUAAAGAUGAAUUACGCAUAAAAAGCAAUGAAGAUUUACACAAACUUUGGUUUGUGUUACUAAAAGAACGCAAUAUGUUAUUAACAAUGGAACAUGAAUGCUUAGCUCAGUUUGAAUUAUUUCCAAAUCCAGAACGUAUUGAUAAGGUUGAGGAAAGUAUGAACAAUUUAGAAGCUGUUGUACGUGAACGCAAUAAAGCUUAUUAUGACUUAGAAGUUGGGGAAUCUGCAGAAAGACCAGGAGAAUUAGUUACCAAUAUGUUGGGAUUAAAUUUUUUCUAUCGUAAAUUUGAACAUUUAAUACCAAAAUUUUUGAACAAAAAAUGGAGAAAGAAACAUACAUUUAAUGUUGUUAAUGGAAAUAUUGAAAAAUUCCAAAAAUAUUACAGAGAAAAAUUACAUAAUGCAAACAGAAAAAGUAAAAAUCGUGACACAAACCAUGUGAUGCAUCUAAUGAAACGUUUUCCAAAUAUGGACAUAAGUGCUGUCCAGCAACAAUAUCCUUCUGUAAAUAUUGAAAAAAUUAAAAACUAUCAUAAAACUCGUGGACAUUAUGUACCAUAA